AUGGCUUCCACUGCCUCGUCGAGGGGGGCAGCAGGCGGAGGAGGAGGAGGAGAUGGACGGGGAGGAGCAGGGUCUGCAGCAGCUGCAGCUGCUGCUGCGGCAUCCGUGGCCAUCGGCCAUGCUCUCGGCCAGGCGGGUGGUGCCGGGUUGACGCUGAUACAAGCUCUCGAGGGCGGAUUGCAUCUGGGGAAUGGAGGAGAAGCGAGAAUUGGCGUGGAGCAUGGAGUCGUCUCGCAACGCGACGAAUUUCGCAUGGAGUUCGACGAUGAGCGAGUCGCGGCAGGACGAGGUGGCGGUGCGGGCGAUGGCGCGGGCCCCGGCGCAGGCUCUGACGGAGCUGGCUUCGAGGAGAAAAAUGAUGGUGGCAGCAGAGCUGAGAAGCGGUGGAAGGGCGAUAGGUGGACGAGCCACGAGAGCAUGGUGCUUGUCUCGGCCAAGAAGCAGGUCGAGGAGGAUUCCAGCGCUCCCGUUCGAGGCGGCGACGCCAAGUGGAAGCAGAUAGCGCAUAUUUGCAGCAGCCAUUGCGUUCAGAGAACGAGUUUCCAGUGCAGGAAGAGGUGGAACACUCUUCUUGCCGCUUACAAGAAAAUCAAAGACUGGGAGCGCAAGAAUGGAGCCGAGUCUUAUUGGCUCAUGGGCGGCACGGAUUUGCGGGCCAAGAAGCUUCCCGCUGGUUUUGACGAAGGAAUUUGGAAUGUCAUGGAUUCCUUCCUCGCUGGAAGGCCCGGCGUGAGCCCUAAAUUGUUAGCCGGGGACUCCGAUACACCUCCUGGAGACCACCACGCGAGCACCACAGCAGACGCUCUGCAAGCUGAUGGUGGCACGUCGUUGCUGCAUGGUAGCACGAAGGCCAAAAGGGAGAAGGAGCCCGCUCUUCGAAAGAAGCGGAAACGAGCCGGAGGAGGGAGUCAAGAACAGCAACCUCUGGCUGCCGAUGUGGAGCAGAAGAAGACCUCGACGAGUCAAGAACCCGGGACUGAGGCCCUCGACCGCUUCUCGCAAUACAUGUCUUCAAUUGUGAAUAGGGCCAUCGAAUGUUACGACCGAAAUAGCGAAUUGAAUAGGAAUCUUAGACGCGAGCAGGGUGAAAAUUUAGUCGCAGUUUUAGGCACUCUUGCUUCGGCCGUGAGAGAUUUGGUCCAGCAGAACAGUAAGUACUAGAACCCACGAGCCAGUAGUACCAAUCUCGACGUAAAGAACUUCUCUGCGAGUUCUUUAUUGUUUCGAGCCUGCACAUAGUGCCCCAGCCUUCUUUGCCCUUUUACCACAUUGGUCUCAAGACCAGAAUUACAGGGUCAGUCAUUGUCGAGGAUCAGAAUGGUAUUCUCGGCUUUUUAUCGAGUCAAGUCCCAUUUACACUUGCAAUCGAAAUGUGAAAAGACUUCAAAGUGCUUCAAGGAACUUCGAACGGAAGGUCCACCGUGUCACGUAU